AUUCAUAGUAUAUAUAAUUAUAGCAAGCAAUUCAGCGAACAGGAUAAAAUCUCAAGCCUAGCUAGAAAACGUAGAGUGGCUAAAAAUCCUACAUAGCUAAAAUUCUAUCCCAAAAUCAGCCCUUAUCACCAAUAUAGCAUGGUGCUGUUGUUCGGGUUUCCUGUAAUUCAUCCUUAAUUUCAAGUUAAUUUUUUCCGUCCGUUAUUACGGGCAACACGAUGCCGUAUGCUGCAGGUGGCGUUAACCCGCACGCUGCACGAGUGAAGAGAAGGAGCCGGCUAUGCAGAAUUAUACUACAACGCGUACAGUACAGUUUGUUGACUGUGUAAUCGUUCCAGCAGCAUAGGCAAGGAGCACUGCAGGCUGGUCUGCUCAGGUAAUACUGUCCUGGCAGUUGUCCGUGGAACCGGCAUCGGCAUCCAAGUGGAAACGGCAACGCGAGCGCUCUGGCGAUCAUGUUGGCAUCUGUACACAGUAUUCACCAACACACGGCUCUCUCUAUAUUUGUGUCCGACACAUUUUCUUCCCUAAAAUGCCGACUAAUUAUCACAGACUGAACUCGCCCACUACCGUCCGCCGGGUUUUCGGGGAAGUGAGCCGCGGGAAGAAGCUGCUGGCGGGAUUACUGCUGCUGGCGUUGGCGGCGUUUUGCCUGUAUGGCUGGAAUUGGCCCGGUGGCGCCAUCAGCGGAUCCGCGGCUAACAUCUCCGACGCGGCUAUCCAUGCCCCGACCUCGCCGGUCACGGUGGUCACGGCGUACUACCGGAUCCCCUCCAAGCAGGCCGAGUCCGUCUACCUGCAGUGGAUGCGCAACUUCCUCCCGCACAUCCCAUGUUUCCUGUACAUCUUCACCGACGCCGCCUCGGCGCCGCGGCUGCGCACCCUCCGCGCCCCCCACGCCAACCGCACGCGGCUGGUGGUGCGCGAGCUGCCGGCACUGCACGAGUACGCCAAGAUGGACGCGUGGCGGCGGCUGCAGCAGACCGACCCGGAGACCUACCAUACGCCCGAGCUGUAUCUGCUGUGGAAUGAGAAGCCGUGGUUCGUGCAGUGGGCUAUCCGCGACAACGCCUUCCGUUCGCAGUAUUUUCUGUGGUGCGACAUCGGGUCGUUCCGGGCGCCGGAGCAGCUGCCGGCCCUGCGGGCCUUCCCGGAUCCCGGCGUGGUGGCGGCGCGCCUCCCGGAUCCCGCCAAGCUGGCGCUGCUGCUGCUGCGCCCCUUCGAUGCCGCGACGGAGUACGUGGAUGCCCGGGGGUUCCCGUCGGCGGUCCUGCAGCGCGCCGGGACGAAUCACAUUGGGGGAGGGAUUAUGGCGGGGACGCCGGCGGCCUGGCAGGUGUGGAUUGGGCUUUAUGAGGCCAUGCAGACGCUGUAUCUGCAGCGCGGCCUCAACGCCGGCAAGGACCAGAAUGUGAUGAAUGCCGUGGCGCUGCGCUAUCCGCACCAUGUCCAGCUGGUCAGUCCCCGGCCGUAUCUCGGCGGCCGCGGCAAUCCGUGGUUCUACCUUCAGUAUUACUUUGCCGUGCUGGACUGAGUGGUGAAUAUACGGCUAAUUAAUAAAACAUUUAUACCGGCUCUUUGCGCUCCAUGGUCUGUGCUACUCGGUUGGCGUGGUUGGCCUAGUGGGCUGCUCAUUGUGUGUGCUGCAGUAGCACCCUCCUCCAGAUUUAGGAAUUAAAGAAAUAAACCGUAGAUGUUUGCAGUACACAUCAACAUGACACUCGAAAGUCGUACAGCAUAUGUGUGGUUUUGUUAACCUGUGAUAAAACG